AUGGCCACCCAGCGCGUGGGCUUCCUGGGCCUGGGCGUCAUGGGCAAGCAGAUGGCGCAGCGUCUAUUGAAGCAAGGCACGGAGGUCGUCGUCUGGAACCGCAGCGCCGACAAGUGCGCGCCGCUCGUCGCGCUCGGCGCGACGGCGCUGGCGACGCCCGCGGAGGUCGUCGACGCCUGUAGCGUGACGCACGGCAUGCUCGCGGACCCGAAGGCCUCCGAGGCCGUGUGCCUGGGGGCCGACGGCGUCGCGUCCGCCGCGAAAGUGGGCAAGAGCUACCUCGACCACUCGACCAUCGACGAGGCCACGGGCGCGAGGCUCGCGGCGGCCGUCGGCGCGACGGGCGCGCGCUUCCUCGCCGCGCCCGUGUCCGGCGGCUGGCGCGACGCGGCCGCGGGCGAGCUGCUCUUCGUCUGCGGCGGCGACAGGACGCUCUUCGACGAGGUGACGGCGCCGGGCGCGUCCCUCGCCGUCAUGGGCUCGAAGCACUGGCACGUCGGCGAGUCCUCCGAGGGGCCCGCGCGGGCAAAAUUGAUGCUGCAGAUCAUGAUGGGCACCUACAUCGCCGCGCUCGGCGAGACGCUCGCGCUCGCCGACAAGGCGGGCCUCGACCAGGCCCAAAUCAUGGACAUGUUCGACAGCUCGGCGAUGGCGAACCCCAUCUCCAAGGCCAAGGGCCAGCUCAUGAUCGACGGCGACGACCGGCGCAACUACGCGCCGAACUUCCAGGUCUAUCUGCAGCAGAAGGACCUGCGGCUGGCGCUCCAGCUCGCGGACGACCUCGCGCAGCCCGCGCCGCUGGCCGCGGCGGCGAACGCGCAGUACGUCGCCGCGCGGAAGCGGGGCCACGCGCACGACGACUUCGCCGCCGUGAGGGCGGCCUACGACUAA